AUGCCUUCCCCAUUGGCAGACCCCGUCCAGCUCCCAUGCGGACUAGUUCUACCAAACCGUCUCUCCAAGGCAGCAAUGGCCGAGCUCCUAGCCAAAACCAAUCAACCCAACCAACCGCUUUCAGAAGCAUACUCCCAAUGGGCCCAAGGAGGAUGGGGCAGUAUCCUAACAGGCAACGUCCAAGUCGACGUAAACCACCUUGGAAGUCCCUACGACCCAGCUCUCCACCAAGAAUACAAGGGUGAAACUUCUUUAAUCGCUCAAUGGAAACCAUAUGCCGAUGUCUGCCAAAAGCAUGGCACGCCGACUAUUGUACAAAUCUGUCAUCCGGGUCGACAGUCUUUUCGUAUAGCAGGGUACCGUGGUAUGUUUGCUAGUACUAUUGCGCCUAGUGCUAUACCGAUUAGUCUCGGGAGUGGAUUUAUUGAGCGAUUGGUUGCUUGUGUGGCGUGGACGGCGCCGAGAGAGAUGACAAAGGGUGAUAUUGAGAAGGUUAUCAGGCAGUUUGUUGAUACAGCACGGUUGAUGGCCGAUGCUGGGUUUUCGGGCGUUGAGUUACAUGGUGCACAUGGAUAUUUGAUUGAUCAAUUCCUUAGCGGAAAGACAAACAUUCGCACUGACGACUACGGUGGCACACCCGAAAAACGCGCACGCUUCGUUCUAGAAAUCCUCACCGAAAUUCGCAAAGCAGUACCCCCAACCUUCGCAAUCGGCAUAAAAUUAAAUUCAGCAGACCACAGCUCCGCCACAUUCGAAGAAACAAUGACCCAAAUAAAACUCCUAGUCAACGCCGGAAUAGACUUCAUGGAGAUAAGCGGAGGCACAUACGAAGACCCCAGUAUGAUGGGCUAUUCGACAUCGACCUCGAACUCAAACACAGCACCGACGAAGUCCGAGCGCACAGCUGCGCGUGAAGCAUUCUUCCUUGAAUUUGCGAAGGAAGUACGAGCUCGAUUUCCGGGUUUAGUGCUCAUGUUGACUGGUGGGUUCCGGAGCCGUGUCGGUGCCGAGUCGGCAAUUCAGGAUGGGGCGUGUGAUCUUGUGGGCAUUGGGAGACCGGCUGCUAUUGAGCCUGGGUUUCCGUUGAGAUUGCUUGAUGAGAGUGUUGGGGAUGAGGAGGCUAGAUUGCCUUUGAAUAAGGUUCCUGCGCCUUUUUAUACGAGGUGGUUACCGAGGAAUAUUAUUGGGGCUGGACUUGAGACGACUUAUUAUUCUGGUCAGAUUUCAAGGCUGGCGAGGGGAUUGGCUACUUUUGCUCCGACUUGGUCAUAA